GCAAAACGCGGAAGAAUUUGACGUUUACUCUUGCACCCACUUACAGAAUAUCCGCUAAAGGUUUUUGAGUUUCACUAGUAUUUGGUGAGUCCUCCCUUUUAUCAUUGCUAGAGUUCAACAUACAGGUAGACACGACAGUGUUUGGGUGCUCAGGUGAUGGAUUUAAAAGAUAAAGUGGCCGUAGUGACUGGAGGAGCCCAGGGUUUGGGGAGAAGCUUUGUCGACAUACUCCUAAAAAAUGGCUCAAAGGUGGUCAUUAUUGACGUAAAUGAAUCACUGGGAAAUGAAUUGAAGGCGGCACUUGAUAAGGAAUAUGGACCAGACAGGGCUGAAUUUUAUGCUGCCAACGUCACAUCAGAGGAGGAAUUUAAAGGAGUUUUUCAGAAAAUUGUGGAAAAAAAUGGCUGCAUAAACAUCGUGUGCAAUAAUGCAGGGGUCAUCAAUGAAAAUGACUGGGAGAAAGCUAUUGCAAUAAACCUGGGUGGAGUGGUCAGGGGAACGUUUCUGGCUCUAGAACAUAUGAGGAAGGACAAUGGUGGUAAUGGAGGAGUCAUUGUCAACAUUGCAUCUAUGGCAGGUCUGGGUCCUCUGCCAAUAGCGCCCAUAUACACAGCAACUAAACAUGGAGUGAUGGGAUUCAGCCGCGCUAUGGCUGCUGCUUCUCAAUUGGCCAACUAUGGGGUGCGGAUCAACAUCCUCUGUCCUGGUUUUGUGAAGACAAACCUUCUGUCAUUACUGAGUUCAAAAGAGCAUGUUGGAAGGUUUUUUGAAUUAAAGGAUGUGACAAAUAAGUUGAUGGAGAUGUAUGGCUUUCUGGAGGCUGAUAAUGUUGCCAAGGCUUUCCUUGUUCUUGUAACAGACGAGAGCAGGAAUGGAGACGCUUUGAUGGUUCAUGCUAAUGGUGCAGGUUUCAUUUCUUUCCCUCAAGAAACCAAAGAAAUUCCAUCUACUACAGUCAGCCUGCAGUAGCCAAUCAGCUUCUACCUCUGCCACACCUUUCUAAUGCCACUGCAAAAUUGGGUGGAUUUGAGAUUAAAGGCUCCACCAGAGCUUGAAUACUUUAUAUAAUCAAGAUUCUUAAAGGUUUUUAAAAACAUUAAUGCAAACCUGGGAUUAAUCGCUUCUGCUUGUACUGUAUAUUCCCAUUUGUAAAUCCUUUGCUGAGAAAAUGUCAACCCAAUUAAAUGUAAUGCAAGUUAAGACAUGAUUUAAAUUGUAUAAAUUUCACUAAGACAGACAAAAUAAAAUAUGAUUUUUUCUGUUGUUAAAACUUACUGUAUAUGUAAUCCGUAUUAAUGCAUUCAUAUUUAAAAUAUUAAUUUGUUUCAAUAAAUAAGCUACUAACAUUA